AUGAUUAAAGAAACGAAACCAAAUGACUAUCCACGCAUCUAUCUGUUUGGAGACUCGCUGACGGAGCGCGCUUGUUACGAGUCUGAUAAUGGGUUUGCAUGGAAGCUGGGUGAAUAUUACGACAGGAGGGUAGAGGUUGUUAAUGCAGGGUAUUCCGGACAAACAACAAAAAGUCUCCGCAAAACCUUUGAAAAAUGCAUCAUUCAAGUGAUCGAAAAGCGCGGUCCCCCUGCACCCUUAUUCAUAUCUAUUUUCCUUGGUGCAAAUGACGCCUGCCUCUUAUACACAGACCCCUACGUACCCCUCCCGGAAUUCGAGGAACACAUCCGAUACUACGUGAACAGUAUCGUAGAUCACCCUGGCACGCAGGAGACCAAAGUAAUCUUAAUCACACCUCCGCCAGUCGACAUCCCCUCGGACAGAAUGGGGCUUGUUAACCCCCUGCCUGAAGUCGAAGGUGUCUUGAAGUCGGUUGCGAGGAUGGGAAGGGGACAUAGGACCUGGGCGUCAAAGCGGGCCUUUGCGGAGAAAAUUGUUGAGAUUGGAAAGGAGUUUGAAAGGAAGACGGAUCGUGUCGCUGUGUUGGACUUUUGGACUGCCGUGACUAAAUUUGCGUGCGAGGAGAAGGUGCCUGAGGGGGGCGGGUUUGAUAAGCUGGAUUUGAAGGAGAGGCUGCCCGGCUCGGGAAUGCCUGGGGCGGCGGAGUUUGGGAGGGAGUACUUUAUUGAUGGGUUGCAUUUUGGUAGUAAGGGAUAUGAGAUUUUGACCCGCGAAUUGUUUGGGUUACUGCUGAGCAAGUGGCCAGAGUUGGAAAAACAGAAUUUCCCUCUCCGUGAGUGA